AUGGUUUUUUCAUUAUCAACACCAAAAAAAGAAACAGAAAAAUGGAAAAAAUUAUCAAAAUCAAAUGGACUAAUCUGCUGUUGUAAUUUUAUACGUAAAAAACCAUCUAGUAUAUGUCGCUCACCAAUAUAUACAACAAGAGAAUUUUCUUUAGAUAAUUUACAAAAUCAAAUAAUUGGGGAAAAUAAUAUUAAUACAUCCUCAAAACAACGACCUAUUUCAAAUAAUGCAAAUGGGCUUUUUAAUAAAAUUAUUCCAAAUAAUUAUUUUUCUGAUGAAAUAAUAAGUAAUAGAGAAGAUUAUUUAGAUUGUGAUGAAACACCUUUAAAUGUUAGAAAAACAAAGGAGGAUUUGUUGUAUAAUACAGCAAGAACGUCUAGAACUGAAGAAUUAAUUGAAUAUCCUUCAAUGUCAAAAUUAAUUAUUAAAAUAAUUGAGAAUGAAAAAAGUGAAAAAGGAAAGAAAAUAGAUAACCAACAACUAGAAGAUAAAUUUGUUAAUUCAAUGAAUGAAGUUAGCAAAGAAUUGAAUAGACUGGACGGUUAG